AUACGCACCGUUCGAGACCAACUCCUACAAAAGGGGAAGCUCUCCUUUCACCGCAAGGAGAUGCUGCUGCGUUAUCGCCUCCACCUCUCUUCCCCUCUCGCCUCCCUCUUCCCCUCCCAGAUCCCCCGGUCCGUUGGCGUCCCCCCUCGGCCAGCGGUCGGACUCGGUUCCUCUCUCGCUCGGAGCCGGCGACCCGAUCGCCAGAUCGGAUUCGGAGCAGUACCGCCGAGGCGAAGUUACGUGGUUGUUGGAUCGAUGGAGUCCGCCACCGAAGCGAGGGAUCCGUCCGCCGUGGUUUCUGAUGGUGGUAGCGUCCGCGCGCGGUUGAAACUCGAGGAGUUGAAUUGGGACCACUCCUUCGUGAGGGAGCUGCCUGGGGAUCCCAGAACUGACACGAUCCCCCGCCAGGUGCUUCAUGCAUGUUACACAAAAGUAUCUCCAUCUGCUGAAGUUGAAAAUCCGGAACUUGUAGCUUGGUCAGAAAGAACUGCAGAGUUGCUUGAUUUAGACCCAAAAGAGUUCGAGCGGCCUGAUGUCCCAUUAAUAUUCUCUGGAGCAUCACCUUUGAAGGGAGGGCUACCUUAUGCACAGUGCUAUGGGGGUCACCAAUUUGGGGUGUGGGCUGGUCAGCUAGGGGAUGGACGUGCUAUUACUCUCGGAGAGCUCCUAAAUUCUCAUGGUGAAAGAUGGGAGUUGCAGCUCAAGGGUGCAGGGAAGACUCCUUACAGUAGAUUUGCAGAUGGUCUGGCAGUACUUAGAAGUAGCAUCCGUGAAUUUCUUUGUAGUGAGGCUAUGCAUGGACUUGGAAUCCCAACUACUCGUGCACUCUGCCUUGUUACUACCGGCAAGCUUGUCAGUAGAGAUAUGUUUUAUGAUGGCAAUACUAAGGAUGAACCUGGUGCGGUUGUUUGUCGUGUCGCUCAGUCCUUCCUGCGUUUUGGUUCUUAUCAGAUUCAUGCAUCCAGGGGAAAAGAAGACCUUGAACUUGUUCGCACUUUGGCAGAUUACACAAUCCACCACCAUUUUCCUCACAUUGAUAAAAUGAACAAAAGUGAUGAUUUGUCUUUUGAGGUCGGUGGUGAGGGAUCGUCGUCGGUGGUAGAUUUGACAUCCAACAAGUAUGCAGCUUGGUCAGUUGAGGUUGCUGAGCGUACUGCUUCUUUGGUUGCAAGUUGGCAGGGAGUUGGCUUCACUCAUGGUGUUUUAAACACUGAUAACAUGAGUGUGUUGGGUCUUACAAUUGAUUAUGGGCCCUUCGGUUUCUUAGAUGCUUUUGAUCCAAGUUAUACUCCGAAUACUACAGAUCUUCCUGGGAGGAGGUAUUGUUUCGCAAAUCAGCCUGAUAUCGGCUUGUGGAACAUCGCACAAUUCACAGCUACUUUAUCAUCUGCAAAGUUGAUCAACAAAGAGGAGGCCAACUAUGCCAUGGAAAGGUAUGGAGAUAAAUUCAUGGAUGAAUACCAGUCCAUAAUGACCAAUAAACUAGGUCUAUCCAAGUAUAACAAGCAACUCAUAAGCACCCUCCUUAAUAACAUGGCCGUCGACAAAGUUGAUUACACAAACUUCUUCCGGUUGCUAUCAAAUGUCAAAGCAGACACUACCAUUUCAAAAAAUGAGCUCCUUGUUCCUCUUAAAGCUGCUUUACUGGACAUUGGCCCUGAGAGGAAGGAGGCAUGGACCACUUGGGUGCAAACCUAUAUUGAGGAGUUGGUUUCAAGUGGUGUCUCUGACGAUGAGCGCAAGGUCACAAUGAACUCCGUCAACCCGAAAUACAUCCUCCGCAACUACCUAUGCCAAAGUGCUAUUGAUGCCGCUGAGCAAGGUGACUACGGAGAGGUUCAGAGACUGCUGAAACUGAUCGAGCACCCGUAUGAUGAACAACCGGGAAUGGUGAAGUAUGCCCGGCUGCCUCCGGCAUGGGCUUACCGGCCUGGUGUUUGCAUGCUGUCAUGCUCAUCUUGAGGGUGGUGGUAAGUUUGUAUAUAUAGUUUUAAAAGGGUUAUUUUUUUUUUCUUGAUGAUAAAAAAAAAAGUAUAGCUUCUCUUUUGUAGUAUUGUUUACUUUCACUUGUGCUUUGUAGUUUCUCUAUUGUACUAGGGACCCCUUAAACUUGUAUUUAACUAAGAGUUAUCAGAAAAAGGGUUAAUUUAAAUUUA